AUGCUAGCGCCAUUACUAGCCAGCAGUACGUGGAACGAAUAUGUUAUCAAGCGCAAUCUGAUAGCCAUGGUGGCCGUGUUCUUUGCGGUGCGUGUGAUCACAUCGUCGAAUAUUCCCAUCCUCAGUGCACUGUUGUCUUCAAGGCUGGCGACUGUUUUAGAAGCUAUCGUAUUGCUUGUUUUUCUCUUCAACAUCGCCUCCCAUGUCACAUCGACCCAGUCCAGCCAAUCGAUCUUACAAAAGUUCUCCCUCUACAACUAUCUCUUCAACACUGGUCCUGUUACGCGAGGUCUUUGUAUGCUCAUUGAGCAAGUUUAUUGCUUUGCAAAGAACCAAUACAUCCAAGCUACAACAAAGAAAAUGACUCCAGCUCCAAAGGCAUCCUCGACACCACAACCACCUGCCAACAACAAUCAACCUGCAAGUGCACCAUCAGCCAUUCCAUCCACCAAUCCUCAGGCACGACCACAACCAUGGAAGGGACCUAUCAAUGAUUCUCCUGCGAUUCCGGAAAUCACCAAGGCAACCUCACCUUAUGAUCCAAAGACGUUUGCCUGGAUGCCAGCAGAAAGAUCAGGUGAUCCAUCGUUCAACAUUUCAUUGCCCAAACUUGAAUACACUCCUUCGCAUGUGACACGCAAAAAGAAGACCACUCGCACCAACAAGUACUUGUGGCGUCUUUGCCCACAGCCAAAUAUCAUUGAACGUUUCAGAUCGGAACAGUAUGACGAUUUCCAAGAAAAUUGGCACCGGUUCGAAGAUCGUUCAUCCAAGGUUUAUUAUGAUCGCUUACGUCAGUGGAUAUCCUCAAAUAUUUUUACGCCUGCUGUACGCACUGUGGAAGCUGUGGAGAAGCAACUACCCAAACAAGGCACCAGCUUUGUUGAUUGCCCUCUCAACAUCCUCGCCCUGCUCAUCACCGAUCCAUCUUAUGUGGACGACAAUGCCCUUUCUGUAGCAUUGGUCCAAAAGCUGCUCAACUUGCCUGGAUAUGAAAAUAACCGUGCCCGAAAAUAUGUCAUUGAACGCAUGCAAGAAUUGGGCAAGCAAUCACGAUUCCGUUUGAUCACCAAAGAAUCUGAUUUGCCAUCCGACUCUGAGAUUGUGUUCCACGUUUUCAAAACCUAUUUGACCCAUACCAUGCCCAAUGUUGUUCCUCCCCUCUUGCCGGUACAAGGCGAGAUCUUGAAAUUCUUGUUGAUUUAUUUCUACAUCACCGAAGAUAUAUCGAAAGAGAUCUUCUACUAA